UCUGCCUGCGCCAGGAGCGCGCGAGUGCGCGCGGCUGCGCCCUCGCACAGAUCCCAGCCGGGUCACCCGCACUGAGUCAACGGACUGAGCGCGUCCAGGCCUGACAGCUCUGCGGCUGGGGCCCUGAGGUUUAUUCAGAAAACAUGCCCACUGCAAUUAGAGAGGUGGGAGUUUGGAGACAGACCAGAACACUUCUACUAAAGAAUUACUUAAUUAAAUGCAGAACCAAAAAGAGUAGUGUUCAGGAAAUUCUUUUUCCACUAUUUUUUUUAUUUUGGUUAAUAUUAAUUAGCAUGAUGCAUCCAAAUAAGAAAUAUGAAGAAGUGCCUAAUAUAGAACUUAAUCCUAUGGACAAAUUUACUCUUUCUAAUCUAAUUCUUGGAUAUACUCCAGUGACUAAUAUUACAAGCAGCAUCAUGCAGAAAGUGUCUACUGAUCAUCUACCUGAUGUAAUAAUUACUGAAGAAUAUACAAAUGAAAAAGAAAUGUUAACAUCCAGUCUUUCUAAGCCGAGCAACUUUGUAGGUGUGGUUUUCAAAGACUCCAUGUCCUAUGAACUUCGUUUUUUUCCUGAUAUGAUUCCAGUAUCUUCUAUUUAUAUGGAUUCAAGAGCUGGCUGUUCAAAAUCAUGUGAGGCUGCUCAGUACUGGUCCUCAGGUUUCACAGUUUUACAAGCAUCCAUAGAUGCUGCCAUUAUACAGUUGAAGACCAAUGUUUCUCUUUGGAAGGAGCUGGAGUCAACUAAAGCUGUUAUUAUGGGAGAAACUGCUGUUGUAGAAAUAGAUACCUUUCCCCGAGGAGUAAUUUUAAUAUACCUAGUUAUAGCAUUUUCACCUUUUGGAUACUUUUUGGCAAUUCAUGUCGUAGCAGAAAAAGAAAAAAAAAUAAAAGAAUUUUUAAAGAUAAUGGGACUUCAUGAUACUGCCUUUUGGCUUUCCUGGGUUCUUCUAUAUACAAGUUUAAUUUUUCUUAUGUCCCUUCUUAUGGCAGUCAUUGCAACAGCUUCUUUAUUAUUUCCUCAAAGUAGCAGCAUUGUGAUAUUUCUGCUUUUUUUCCUUUAUGGAUUAUCAUCUGUAUUUUUUGCUUUAAUGCUGACACCUCUUUUUAAAAAAUCAAAACAUGUGGGAAUAGUUGAAUUUUUUGUUACUGUGGCUUUUGGAUUUAUUGGCCUUAUGAUAAUCCUCAUAGAAAGUUUUCCCAAAUCAUUAGUGUGGCUUUUCAGUCCUUUCUGUCAAUGUACUUUUGUGAUUGGUAUUGCACAGGUCAUGCAUUUAGAAGAUUUUAAUGAAGGUGCUUUAUUUUCAAAUUUGACUGCAGGCCCAUAUCCUCUAAUUAUUACAAUUAUCAUGCUCACACUUAAUAGUAUAUUCUAUGUCCUCUUGGCUGUCUAUCUUGAUCAAGUCAUUCCAGGGGAAUUUGGCUUACGGAGAUCAUUUUUAUAUUUUCUGAAGCCUUCAUAUUGGUCAAAGAGCAAAAGAAAUUAUGAGGAGUUAUCAGAGGGCAAUGUUAAUGGAAAUAUUAGUUUUAGUGAAAUUAUUGAGCCUGUUUCUUCAGAAUUUGUAGGAAAAGAAGCCAUAAGAAUUAGUGGUAUUCAGAAGACAUACAGAAAGAAGGGUGAAAAUGUGGAGGCUUUGAGGAAUUUGUCGUUUGACAUAUAUGAGGGUCAGAUUACUGCCUUACUUGGCCACAGUGGAACAGGAAAGAGUACAUUGAUGAAUAUUCUCUGUGGACUCUGCCCACCUUCUGAUGGGUUUGCAUCUAUAUAUGGACACAGAGUCUCAGAAAUAGAUGAAAUGUUUGAAGCAAGAAAAAUGAUUGGCAUUUGUCCACAGUUAGAUAUACACUUUGAUGUUUUGACAGUAGAAGAAAAUUUAUCAAUUUUGGCUUCAAUCAAAGGGAUACCAGCCAACAAUAUAAUACAAGAAGUGCAGAAGGUUUUACUAGAUUUAGACAUGCAGACUAUCAAAGAUAACCAAGCUAAAAAAUUAAGUGGUGGUCAAAAAAGAAAGCUGUCAUUAGGAAUUGCUGUUCUUGGGAACCCAAAGAUACUGCUGCUAGAUGAACCGACAGCUGGAAUGGACCCCUGUUCUCGACAUAUUGUAUGGAAUCUUUUAAAAUACAGAAAAGCCAAUCGGGUGACAGUGUUCAGUACUCAUUUCAUGGAUGAAGCUGACAUUCUUGCAGAUAGGAAAGCUGUGAUAUCACAAGGAAUGCUGAAAUGUGUUGGUUCUUCAAUGUUCCUCAAAAGUAAAUGGGGGAUUGGCUACCGCCUGAGCAUGUACAUAGACAACUAUUGUGCCACAGAAUCUCUUUCUUCACUGGUUAAACAACAUAUACCUGGAGCUACUUUGUUACAACAGAAUGACCAACAACUUGUGUAUGGCUUGCCUUUCAAGGACAUGGACAAAUUUUCAGGUUUGUUUUCUGCCCUAGACAGUCAUUCAAAUUUGGGUGUCAUUUCUUAUGGUGUUUCCAUGACGACUUUGGAAGACGUAUUUUUAAAGCUAGAAGUUGAAGCAGAAAUUGACCAAGCAGAUUAUAGUGUAUUUACUCAGCAGCCACUGGAGGAAGAAAUGGAUUCAAAAUCUUUUGAUGAAAUGGAACAGAGCUUACUUAUUCUUUCUGAAACCAAGGCUUCUCUAGUGAGCACCAUGAGCCUUUGGAAACAACAAAUGUAUACAAUAGCAAAGUUUCAUUUCUUUACCUUGAAACGUGAAAGUAAAUCAGUGAGAUCAGUGUUGCUUCUGCUUUUAAUUUUUUUCACAGUUCAGAUUUUUAUGUUUUUGGUGCAUCACUCUUUUGAAAAUGCUGUGGUUCCCAUCAAACUUCUUCCAGACUUAUAUUUUCUAAAACCUGGAGACAAACCUCAUAAAUACAAAACAAGUCUGCUGCUUCAAAAUUCUACUGACUCAGAUAUCAGUGAUCUUAUUAGCUUUUUCACAAGCCAGAACAUAAUGGUGACAAUGAUUAAUGACAGUGACUAUGUAUCUGUGGCUCCCCAUAGUGCGGCUUUAAAUGUGAUGCAUUCAGAAAAGGACUAUGUUUUUGCAGCUGUUUUCAACAGUACUAUGGUUUAUUCUUUACCUAUAUUAGUGAAUAUCAUUAGUAACUACUAUCUUUAUCAUUUAAACGUGACUGAAACCAUCCAGAUCUGGAGUACCCCAUUCUUUCAAGAAAUUACCGACAUAGUUUUUAAAAUUGAGCUGUAUUUUCAAGCAGCUUUGCUUGGAAUCAUUGUUACUGCAAUGCCACCUUACUUUGCCAUGGAAAAUGCAGAGAAUCAUAAGAUCAAAGCUUAUACUCAACUUAAACUUUCAGGUCUUUUGCCAUCUGCAUAUUGGAUUGGACAAGCUGUUGUUGAUAUCCCCUUAUUUUUUAUCAUUCUUAUUUUGAUGCUAGGAAGCUUAUUGGCGUUUCAUUAUGGAUUAUAUUUUUAUACUGUAAAGUUCCUUGCUGUGGUUUUUUGCCUUAUUGGUUAUGUUCCAUCAGUUAUUCUGUUCACUUAUAUUGCUUCUUUCACCUUUAAGAAAAUUUUAAAUACCAAAGAAUUUUGGUCAUUUAUCUAUUCUGUGACAGCGUUGGCUUGUAUCGCAAUCACUGAAAUAACUUUCUUUAUGGGAUACACAAUUGCAACUAUUCUUCAUUAUGCCUUUUGUAUCAUCAUUCCAAUCUAUCCACUUCUAGGUUGCCUGAUUUCUUUCAUAAAGAUUUCUUGGAAGAAUGUACGAAAAAAUGCGGACACCUAUAAUCCAUGGGAUAGGCUUUCAGUAGCUGUUAUAUCGCCUUACCUGCAGUGUAUACUGUGGAUUUUCCUCUUACAAUACUAUGAGAAAAAAUAUGGAGGCAGAUCAAUAAGAAAAGAUCCCUUUUUCAGAAACCUUUCAACAAAGUCCAAAAAUAGGAAGCUUCCAGAACCACCAAACAAUGAGGAUGAAGAUGAAGAUGUCAAAGCUGAAAGACUAACGGUCAAAGAGCUGAUGAGUUGCCAGUGUUGUGAGGAGAAACCAUCCAUUAUGGUCAGCAAUUUGCAUAAAGAAUAUGAUGACAAGAAAGAUUUUCUUCUUUCAAGAAAAGUAAAGAAAGUGGCAACUAAAUACAUCUCUUUCUGUGUGAAAAAAGGAGAGAUCUUAGGACUGUUGGGUCCAAAUGGUGCUGGCAAAAGCACAAUUAUUAAUAUUCUGGUUGGUGAUAUUGAACCAACUUCAGGCCAGGUAUUUUUAGGAGAUUAUUCUUCAGAGACAAGUGAAGAUGAUGAUUUACUGAAGUGUAUGGGUUACUGUCCUCAGAUAAACCCUUUGUGGCCAGAUACUACAUUGCAGGAACAUUUUGAAAUUUAUGGAGCUGUCAAAGGAAUGAGUGCAAGUGACAUGAAAGAAGUCAUAAGUCGAAUAACAAAUGCACUUGAUUUAAAAGAACAUCUUCAGAAAACUGUAAAAAAACUACCUGCAGGAAUCAAACGAAAGUUGUGUUUUGCUCUAAGUAUGCUAGGGAAUCCUCAGAUUACUUUGCUAGAUGAACCAUCUACAGGUAUGGAUCCCAAAGCCAAACAGCACAUGUGGCGAGCAAUUCGAACUGCAUUUAAAAACAAAAAGCGGGCUGCUAUUCUGACCACUCACUAUAUGGAGGAGGCAGAGGCUGUCUGUGAUCGAGUAGCUAUCAUGGUGUCUGGGCAGUUAAGAUGUAUCGGAACAGUACAACAUCUAAAGAGUAAAUUUGGAAAAGGCUACUUUUUGGAAAUUAAAUUGAAGGACUGGAUAGAAAACCUAGAAGUAGACCGCCUUCAAAGAGAAAUUCAGUAUGUUUUCCCAAAUGCAAGCCGUCAGGAAAGUUUUUCUUCUAUUUUGGCUUAUAAAGUUCCUAAGGAAGAUGUUCAGUCCCUUUCACAAUCUUUUUUUAAGCUGGAAGAAGCUAAACAUGCUUUUGCCAUUGAAGAAUAUAGUUUUUCUCAAGCAACACUGGAACAGGUUUUUGUAGAACUCACUAAAGAACAAGAGGAGGAAGAUAAUAGUUGUGGAACUUUAAACAGCACACUUUGGUGGGAACGAACACAAGAAGAUAGAGUAGUAUUUUGAUUUGUAUUGUUCAGUCUGCUUACUUGGACUUACUUCUUUUUCACUUAAUUUUAACUUUGGUUUAAAAAGUUUUUUAUUGGAAUGGUAACUGGAGAACCAUGAAUGCACUUGAAAUUUUUCUAAGCUCCUUAAUUGAAAUGCUGUGGUUGUGUGUUUUGCUUUUCUUUAAAUAAAACUUAUGUAUAAUUAAGUGAAGCUGCAUGUUUGUAUUGAAGUAUAUUGAACUAUAUGGUUUGUAUGUCAUCUUUUUCACCAUUCAAAAACAGUGCUUCUGAAUUUAUGAUUUAAAGGAAUAGUGAUAGAAUAGUUUUAUUUUGAAGUUAUCUUUAAGUUUAUGCCAUCUUCUUAAAUAAGUAUGUAAUAUUCCAAUCUAAAUAAAAAACUAAUUCAUAACUAAUGCAUAGAAAAGAUAUGUAAAGCAAUGUGAAAGUUUCUUGCUUCUCCUUUUUAAUUUCUAAAAAAGCCACUUUGAAUGGAAGUUGUCAUCCGUAAAAGCUGAAGUGUAAGCACUAGGAAAUCUCAAUACAGAGAUUUGAGGAAAGUUAUAUCCACUAGGUGGCAGUCAUUGAUCAUAAUAAGUGAAAUGAGCCCUUGUUCUAGUACAUGAUUUUAGGCAUAGGUAAUUAGGUAUGUGAAAUUACAUUUCUUUUAUUUAAAGUAAAAUUCAGAAGGUUUUAGUUGUUAUAAUUAAAGGAAGACUGUGUUUAGAAUCUUAUGUAAUAGUCUGAUUUUUUGACUCUGUGGCUAGAAUGACAGUUAUCUAUGGAGGUGGAAGAAUUAAGCCAUACCUUUUCCCUCAUCACUCUUGGAACAUACAAAUUUUUUGUCAUCUUCCUUGCAAAGGGCACAUUUAAUUUUGUUCUUGAAUAAAAUAUUUUAUUGGGUAUUUUUAUUGGUAAACUUUACUGAAUAUCUUUCUCUUUCAUAAAAUUGUAAGUAGAUCAGUGUGUAGAUUUAUUUAAUAACUUACCUCAUUGACUUUGGAACAUGGUGGGAUAUGAAUAAACUCUUUCAAGGGUUAAAUUAAGAAUUGUAAGUGCAGUACACCUAUUUCUUUUUAAUAAGAAGCAGAAUUUCAUUAUUUGAUAGAGUUAAAGGCAUGGCUUAUAUUUUCUUAGAAAUACUUCCUUGUAGAACCCAUGUAUUGGCUAAAGGUAUAAAAUAGUGUAAAUAAUGCUAGUUGACAUUACAUUUCAACCAAAUGAAAGUAUUAACUUCAUAAAACAAAUAUAUUGAGAGUGUGAUUAUUGUAUUAGACAACAACAACAGCAAUGACAGAAGGAUUUGGUACUGAGUUACUUUAAAUAAGCAAACCCUUUCAGUGGCAUUAUUAAUUCUUUAAUGUAGGCAAAAUUUAAUGAACUUUUAGCUUUAUUGUGUAAUAAGACAUCUGUGAUUUUAGGCUCUAGCAGCAGAUUUAAAAGUGUUCUUUCUUGGUACAAAGUACGUGGCUGAUAUUUUCCCCCAUUGCUGGGGCAGUUGCUAUACACUUUCCUGAAGUAUACAUAAUGUUCACAUAAAUACCCAGGGACCUCUCUUUUGGGAUGUGCUUUUGUAAUAUGUGUAACCUUGAAUACUUAAGUUUAAUAAAAGCAACAAAAUUAUAUCUAUAGUUUACUAAGGCAGUCACGAAAAAACAUAGUUUUUUUUAGAACCUGACCAUCCUGAGAAAGUUAUGUCAUCUGAAGAUAGAGCAUGACUAAUAUAGAAAAUUACCUGCUUUUGCAUGUAGAUUUGGUGACUUUCACUUUACAUUUGUGAAUGUGUAAUUAGUGCAAAGUAAAUUUUUUUUCCUGCAAAGUGAAAGUUGAGUAGUCACAAUCAUGUUAUUUAUUUUGUUCAUUUAGUUACUUUGCUUUUAAUGUAUAUGAAUACAUGCUCUUGUAAACAAUUUUAAAAGACAUUCAAAUUUUUUUUUAGUUUUUAUAUACUCAGAAUAUAUUUUGGUUGUUAAAUUAAAUUAUGUUCCCUUUUUCACAGUAACAAAAUCUGACUCAGGAGAAAUAUAACUUAAUUCUUAGGAAAACAAGGGUAAGUGAGCUGGAAAGCAAAAGAGACAAAAAGUCAAAUAUAUUUAUUUACAGUGUAAAGUUCAUGUUUCUGAACAUAUUAAUUUUAAAAUGUCUUAAAUUACUGAUCUCAAAACUUUUUUCUAUAUCAAUACAGAUAAAUAAAUAAAUACACAUAUUAGGCAAAAGCAACAUCACCAACCUAUAUUUCCCAUCCAUGGUCAAAUUUUAAAAGGAGAGUGAAAGCUGAGCUUUACUGAGUGAGUGUUUACUGACUAAUAAGGCAAGAAAAAACAUGAUGAGUGUACUUUACAUCUUACUUUUGUGGGCUCUUAAUUUUUUUUUUCUAGUUUGUUUUCAGUAAAGACAGUGGGUUUUCUUUAAAAUAAUUUUUUCUUUUAAAUUGGCACAAAUUACCUUAGGUCAGUAUUUUGGUUUUAAUCAUUAAAACAUUUUUAGAGUAAUGUAAUUCAACAAAUAUUUUAAGUGAUUAUGUUUCCAGAAAUGGAUUCUUUGGAGAGAAGGAUGACUAUCAGUUUUGGCCCCGUAAGAUCUUGAAGAUCUAUAAGAUAGAUACUUAUAUAACUUACAUAAAAUAUAUAUAAUAUAUUACUUAUAUAACUUAUAUAACUAGCUAUUUUAUAUAACUAGCUGUAAUAUGACAAAUCCUUUGCUACUAGUACUAACAACGUUUUAUAGGAGCACAAUUAAUUUUACUUAGGAUAAGUGUUGUUAUUAUUGUUUUUAUUGUUCUGUUGGUCACUCAAAAUUUGAUUCUAGUUGUGCCCUGAGUUUGUUAAAAUACCAUACUGUAUUUUUGUGUAACAUGUAAAUAGGCAUUAAUUUUUGAGAAAUAGAAAUGUUUAUCCUUAAUGUAUUUUUAAUUUGCUAACAUUGAUUUUUUAUUUUCUUUCCUGAAAUAGCAUAUUUCCUAAAAUGAAAGAAUUCUCAGAUGAAUAAUUUUUGUAUCAGCUAUUCUUAUAAGGUAAAAGUUUAAUUAUUUUUUAUUUAUAAUGUUUUGUAUGUAAGCAAUUCUCAAUGCUGCUCUUUAAGAAAAAUAAAUAUGAUUAUAUUAAUAAUAAGC